AUGUUCGACGGGGCGAGGGUGCCCUCGCCGGAGGGUGGAGCCAACGGGGUCCACCAGCAACCCGGGGCCUCGGUGGCCCGGCCCAAAACGGAGGAAGAGCCCGAAGAAGAGGGGGAUGCGCGUCCGGAGCCUGUCCUGGUGAAGAAGGCCCACAGAGAGAUCCUGGAUCAUGAGAGGAAGAGGAGGGUGGAGCUGAAGUGUAUGGAGCUCCAGGAGAUGAUGGAGGAACAGGGGUACUCUGAGGAGGAGAUCAGACAGAAGGUGGGAACAUUCAGACAGAUGCUGAUGGAGAAAGAGGGAGUGAUCACCCGAGAAGGUUCACACCCACGACCACCGGUCGGUCUGAUGCCCCACGCGGAGGACGAGGAACGCCCGGACAACCCCGCGUGGCCCGACGGUUACGAGGAAGACUACGACUGGCACGGAGAUUACUACGACCGUGAUUCGAUGGAUCCGGACGACUACAGAACCAAGAGAAAGUCCAGCAGCUCUCCGUCCCCGCGGCCCAAGAAGAGAAAAAAGAAGAAAUCAGGCAGAGGACGGAGUCGUUUGGACAGCUCCUCCCCUUGUCGGAGGGAGAAGAGGAAGAAGAGUGGGAAGAAGCACAAGAGAGACAGAUCCACUUCUGGCUCCAAGAGAAAGAGGAGACACAGAUCUGGGAGCCCAAAGAACAAAUACAAAGACAAGAACAAACAGAGAAAAAGGUCCUCUGUGGAUUCUCCCAGCAGGAGGUCCCACCACAGAGGCAGCUGUUGCAGCUCUCGUAGCGCUUCAGUCUCCUCUUCCGCCGCCAGCCUGUCCAAGUCCCCCAGCAGGUCUAACGUGAAGCACAGAGCAGAUGGACGCAAGGUCUGUGAGACCCCCUCGAGUCACAGUCUGUCCCGCUCUCCCGGGCCCGGGCAUCCCGCCGCGUGGCAGAACGGACAUCACAGCGACCGCGUACGAAACGGCAAAGACAACGGACCGAACCACCCCCAAGGAGAGAAAGCUAACGAUAAGCUCCGUGCGUUGGCUCAGUUCUCUCCCGACGGACAGACGCAUCCUUCACUGCACGUGAGGGACGCUAAACAACACAGCGCCCCCUGCAGGAGUCCUGAGGGGGGAGGCGCCCAGGCGGGAGAGGCCACGUACGGGGACGAGAGGCAGCAUGGCGCGGGGAGGCGCCUGUCGGAGGCGUCGGGGAGACGCGACGGCGGGCACCAGACCCGCGGGAAAAGCUCUCACUCCCCAGAACACAGCAGCGACUCCCAGCACGACCCGGCCCCCAAAGCCAAGAGCACCCAUCAGAAAAAAACGAAAGGGUCUCAUUUGUCGAAGCGACAUCAUCGUAGGCGUGGCCAGGCCCGUCACCGCAGUUCGUCGGCGUCGCCGGGUCGACACCGACAGGCGUCCGGACGGAAGAAGAGUAAGUCACGCCGAAGUCUCCGGCAUCACAGCGACUCCUGGAGCAGCGCUUGGUCGUCAUCACGAUCGGUUUCCCGAGAACACGCUCCCAGCAAGACCAAGUCCCCACACACACGGCAGAACAACUCCAGGGAGAGAGACAGUCCUCAUCAUUCAGAUGCAGAGAGGGCUCGGAGGCGUUCACGCAGUUACUCACCGAUUCGUAAACGCAGGAGAGACUCGCCCAGCUUCAUGGAGGCUCGUAGAAUCACCAGUGCUCGUAAGCGGCCUAUCCCGUACUACCGCCCUAGUCCUUCCUCCUCCAGCUCCAUGAGCAGCCAGAGCAGCUCCAGUCGCAGCCGCAGCCGCAGUUACGACAGCUACAGCAGCUACAGCCGCAGCCGGAGCCGGAGUCGGAGUCGGAGCAGGAGCAGAAGCAGGAGCAGGAGCAGGAGUCAUUCUCGGAGUCCCAGUCAGGUUUACAGCUACUACAGCAGGAGCAGUGACGAGAGCCCGGGGUUUUGA